AUGGAUGAUUCCUCAGCUUCUGAUUCUUUAACUGACGAGUGCUGGAUUUGUCGUGAUACGAGUUCGACGCCGGAUAAUCCCAUCAUAAGUAGGGUCUGUCGGUGCAUUGGCACCAUUGGUUCAGUGCAUCAGAAUUGUAUUGAUCGCUGGGUUUUCCAAAAUGAACGUAUGGAGUGUCCAAGCUGUGGGGCUACUUAUUCCAUAGUGUAUAUCUGCUCUCAAGUGUUAACAUACCCCGAAAGCGUUUUCUCAGAGGUGAAGCUAGUGGUCACUGGAUUAUUUAUUCCAAUUAUGGCAAAACUAAUCAUCCUUAUUUUGGGGGUUCUACUGAGUUUUGUUUUGCUACCACUUAUUAUAGGCUUCAUCUACUAUGGGGAAAGGUCAUGGCUCCAACGUUCAUCGACCGUAACCUGGGUCCAGUUUCUUGAAGUGUAUACAUACGGAGUGACCAAUAUAUUUCUGAUACGUUUAGCUAUAUUUGGUUUUAACUAUUGGAUUUGUCACCCUCGUCGUCAUCAACGUCGACAGCGGCAAGAGGAUCCUUUGAUGGAUCGCCGUGUGUAUGUCCAAGGCCCUGUUGUUGAGGGAAAUGACAACAAUCCCCACCCCCAAGACGACGGUCUUGAAACAUCUGAUGAAGAUUCGGAGAAUUCCGAUUCAGAACACGAACACAGAGAUGAUGAUGCAUUUUGUGACUUCUCAAAAACCGGUUUUGCGGCUUCAGCUCAUGACUGGAUCGAUUCAAUGAAAAAACAAUUCGGUAUUGAUGACCGUUUUUUCCGCUCUUUAGCCCGUGAUCUUUGUGUGGCGUGCCCUUUAGCACUUAUCUUUCGUACCCCUCAGGGGUUAGCCGUUACAUUCACCAUAUUCGUGGCCACGUGGGUUUUAUGGCAAAUAUGGAUUCCGAAAAGAGAAAUACAAAAUCCUCGACGCCGCUAUGAAGAAGUUAUAGAGCGCUUAGGGGAUUUAACCUCGACAGAGGUAAUGUUUCUAUACAUGACCUACGUUCUUGAGACGUUACUUUUCUCAUUUAUCCUUCCAAUAAUAGCUGGCGUUGUUGUCCACUACGGGACCGCACCUUUCCUAGUAAAGACACCGGAUUCGCUUUCCUCUUUUAUGACGGCGCUGAACAUUUAUAAGAUUGUUGGAUACUGGGUCAUAGGGAUGUUGUGUUCAUUAGUUCUUAUGGCGACGAUGUACAAUGUUAUUUUACCCCUUUUUGCGCCCGGUGUGGAACUCUUUUAUAUCCGUAGUGUAGACUUCCGGUCGUUGGAUACCCAUACCUUGCGACUUAAUCUUAUGUUUACUCGUGUCUUUGAUGUUGGACCAUCCCAAUUAGUUCUUGAUUUUUUUGGAAUCCUUAUUUUUGAGAUGGGGGCGUUGCUCUUUUUCAUUGCCAUGCCGUGUUGGGUUACAUUUGGUAUUCGUGAAGCUCUCUUUAGUGAUUUAUCGAGCGGGCGCCUAUCGAUACCACUGUCUUUUGGUCUUCCGUCACGCAGUGACCUGUCUUUGAGGAGCAAAUUUGCUGAUGUGCAGCAGUUGCUUAAGACGAGUCAGACCCUUCAUUCACAUGAUUUCUCAACACAUUCAGAUUUAGAAAAGAGGUCGAAAUUGCAUGCGGAAACUGUCGUCCUGACUCACUUAGCUAAAGCUAUUGCCUCAGACCCCCAGGCGGUCUUGAAGGCUAUGCGCUCGUUGUCGCUAGACGACACUAAGCCUUUUUACAGAUCCACAGCACUUGCGUUGACGGUUGCAGCUUUAUACAACGACACCACCAUACUUAGUAGGUUACUGCACUUAGAGCACCAAAAUUGGAGUGUAGUCGACACUAGCUGGGUCUUGAUGCGAGUUUUAGCGUCGUCUGGAUACGUAUGCCCCAUGUGCUUCCUUAGCGUUGGUAAUCAACUAAGUUUCUUCGAGACAUCAAGCUCCGAUCCAUUGAUAUCACCCUCAAACAGACGGUCUGUUGAAAGGAUGAAGCCUGAGAAUAGAGAUGGAGCACUCAUGGAUUUACCACAGAAAAAGGGCAAUGCCACGGGUGAUUUCCUUUCCUCAAGGGAUUUGUUCACUGUCCUUGGUCCUGUCAUUCUGAAAUGGAAUGCACAGUGGGCAAUCCCUAUUCAUGGGACAUUUGCAAAUAAUCAAACAAAUGGCGUUAUCCAUUCUCUCUUUGAUGUUUGUAACAUCGUGCAUGAACCUCAAAGACACAUCCCCACCUCGGGGUCCCAGCCUGAGGCUGCGCGAUGGUCUCCGGAGCAAGUGUUCAACUGGAAUGACAGCUCCUUAGUUUGUCUGGUCUUGGUAUUGACUACUUGUCUAUGCAGAAUACCUGGUUUCGGUUCGACUAGCAGGCUUAUUUUGAAUUUUUUUUUGUAUAAAGGCAAUUGUAUUUUCUUUCUACAAACUAUUGGUCUCAUCAGCAUGACACUCAUUUUUUUCAUGUGCUUGAUCCAGUUUCCCAUUAAAAAAAUGCAGCUAAGGUAUCUUCGACCUUUUGCGUUUUUUUUUGGACGAGCGAUGGGGCUGGAGGCAUUUCUGUUUGACGCAGAGCGACUAAAAUUAGUUGAUCAGUACCUGGGAAAUAUUAAUCGUGAACACUUGGAGGUUCCAAUAGUGCCACCUGAAGCGAUUCUUUUGCGUCGAGAGCUUGUUCUACCGAGACAAAAUAUUCCUCCGUAUUUUAAGCUGCGACUUUUCGUAUUUGCCAUGUCUUUUUUGUUGAUUGGCACAUUACUCUUCUGGUUGCCUUUUAUUAUCAUUUUUAUCUUUAUGUUGUGCGUACCAUUGCCCACUGUUACGAUGCUGUUGGGAACCGGUUGUAUCUUUUUCUUUCUUUUUGACCCCUCAGAAUUCUUAGAGUGUGUAAUGCUGGCACAUGGUUUGAUUUUGGUGCUAUUAGGAUUCAUACUCUUUUCUUUUUAUUGGACUCUUAGCAAGUUGUCCUUAAAGAAGCUUGCUCAAGAGACAUUUUUUUACAUUUGUAAAGUAAAACGGCAUGUGAGCGCGUAUGAUCUGGAGAGAGAAAGCUUUAGUGGAGAGGAUCGUAUGCGUCAAAAAAUGCUUUUCAUUGUAGAAAAGACGUCGCGUACGGAGCAACGUCCCAUUCUUAUCCCUGUUCCUGAUGAUGAUAAUGAGGACGGGAACGUUCCAGCAUGA